GCGAACAGACCCGACGAAGAAGAAUAAGAGCGGAAGUUUACGGAAGACGGUGUUGGGCGUCGUUUUUAAAGCUCGUUAACGGCUGUUGUCUUGGUGCCGUUAAACCUGUAAACAUUCAAACAGUCUGGAGGUACAAACUUCACCGAAAACACCACCGCACAGGUAAGAAGCUCCUCACACAGGUGACUUUGUUCACUGACUGUUAGCUGUUAGCCGUUAGCUUACAUUUGUACCGAACCCCGAACCUAAACCUGCCGAGUUUAGAUUAAACUCUCAGAUUAAAACACCUUAAACUCAAGAACUCUCCCAGGUCUGCAGUUUAGAGGAACCAAAACAUUUAAGUUACAUUCGGCAAACUCAAACCUGCAACUUUUACUAAGAUUAUUAUUAAAACUGUGGAAGUUAAAGAAGGUAACUUUAACGGUCACCAACGAUGUUUCAUCGUUCAAUAAGUUUUUACAGCUAAAUCUACAGUUUCCUUUAGUGCUUUAUUGUGGAAGAAACAAUAAUAUUCUUUUUAAAGUGAUAAUAAAAUAUAAAAUCAUUAUUGCUGUUUAUUGAAUCCACGUAUAGGGGAGACCGGGGUAAGUUGAGCCACCCCCUGUUGUUUGGAAAUGGUCAAAGAAAUUGAUCAUGUGACCAAAUAUAUGGGUCAUCAAUUCUGCAGGAAUGAACAACAUCCUGAAAUAUCUGCAGAGACACGAGUUAGAGACUAAACUAGGACUGACCUGAUGGACUGAUCCGGAAACAUGGAUCUUCUGACCCCGCUCUCCCCUCAUCCCGAUGCCUUUCUCUCCUCUCAGGUUUUAUCUUUUUGUCUUUAGGUUGAACUUAUGGACAGUUUGGAUUUUACAGAAGAAGAAAUCCGGGAACAGCUGGCUCUGCUGGGUUACAAAAACAUCCCAAAACACAGACUGCAAGAAUUCAAGCAAGGUGGGACUCUGACACUGAUGUCCUCUUUCCUGCAUCAUCUGGAGUUUGUUUUUAAGACACCCCUGAAAUAAACGACAGUCGUUUUUAGGAACAGUUUUUAAAAACUCUCUUCUUGUGUUCGGUCAGAUCUUGAUGACCUGAUUCGACACGGAGAAUGGAAGAACCUGACCUCCCCACCUCCGAUAAACUCCAGCAGAUCUCCGACAGCAUCAUCUGGACCGAGUCCUCCCGCCUUCACCAAAGAGAAAGGUCUCCCUCUGAGAUAACACUGAGGGGUUUUCACAACAGUCAACACUUUUCAUGGUGGUUAUGCGAAUUAGAAACUAGAUAGAGUGAGCGGGACCUUCGAGGACAGGUGGAGGAGUCUGAGUAAUUAAAAAAAACAAGAUAUCAAGUCAAAAUUCAGAUGCUAAUUUGGUGUUUUCUGUGUUUUAUGUCGUGACAGUGAGCAGGAGAUCUUUUGAAGACUCUCAGGAGGGUUUCUUCUUACAAGCUGGACACAUGGACCGCCACAGUCAAGUGAGUUUUAUGUUUGAGUCUUUGCUGUUCUUAUCUGUCGUUUUUAUUGACCAACCAGAGGACGACGAAGGACGACCUUUUUUUGUAGUUUAUCAAUCGUUGGUCAACAAGACGUCGUUACAUGAAGAUAUAAUCGAUCUUUGUUUCCGGAAACCUGCUGUCAAAUGUUCAUCCACCAACCAGAUGUGGAAGUAUUUAACCCCUUCAUUAUCUGAGGUUAUUUUGGGGGUUCGGUGCCUUUAUUGGGAGGAGGAUAGAUGGAGCAGGAAGUGUGAGAUGUGGCGCAGAGCCGAGGGUCUGAUCAGGACCUCUGUACUCACAGGAUUCGUCAUUUAACCCCUGAGUCAGACUCAGAGUUUCUCUGAGAUAACUGACCGGUUUAUUCGUUUAUCUUAAAAAGACGUUUUCUGUAACCGUGUGUCGGGUUUGUGCGUUUUAAUCCCGCUCAUGUGUGGUUACCUCAGGGUCAGGACAGAGACCGCGGGCAGCGGCAGAGACUCGGUGACUCGUAUGCUCAGCACUCCGUGGCUCCAAGGCUCCAGCUGCCUCCAGGUGCUCCAAACAGGCUGCAGGUGGAGCCAGAUCCAGAUCCUGAUGACACCCUCCACCCGCCGCUCUCUGACAGUUCCACAUCCAGCCCUGAGAUCCAGGACCGACGCUUCAUCAGGAGGAAGGUCUUCAGGUAAAGAAACGUGGUCACGGCGAAAUGUCGACAUGUUGUCGGUCUUUGACUACAUCUGUGUUUGUGAGUGAAGCUCCACCUCCACCUUUUCAUUAUCAGAGACACGACAAAACUCCGAGUCUCUGCAGAGCCAACAGAGAAAAGUGACUCCUUCAGUGAAUUAUCAUCUCCACAGAUUAAAACGAUCGUCUCAACACUCAGUUUAAGGUGUUUUUACUGCAAAUUCAACAACAAUAAUAAUAAAACUGUUUUCAUUUUUUUAACUGUAGGAAGCACAAAGGACAAUCUCUGGUCUGUGAUGAAUCAGUCUACAGUGAAGACUCAGGUAAAACACCCCUGACCCUCAUUUCUGAUCCUAGUCUUUUAGAAACCUUUAAAACAGACCCUGGUCCAGACCCUGGUCCAGGUCUAAAACAGAUAUUUGGCUCAGCCCUCGAUGAUCGUUAAAUUUCUCGGUCUGUUUCAGUGUCACGAGUUCGCUCUGAAGCGCUGCACAAACUUUUUCCUCAGAGAGUUUUUCAAAAUAAAAGGCUGAGGAAGAAAGAAAAUGUUUGUUUUUAGGGCGUCUGUGUGAACAACACUUAUGGUGAGUUCAGCGGUUUAAACGUCAGCAGCUGAUGUGGGAACAACAAUCCCGAGACUUUAGCCGUAAAUAAGAAUAAAAACACCUACAGAUGACUGUCUGACAGAGAGAAACACAGAAACCACGCUCUGUUCGAAGACCGUAAACAAAACAACUCAAAUGUGGAGGUGCAUGUACUUCUCGGGUCCAUUCAGAGCAAAUAGGGGGGCUGGGUGACCUCUGGAUGACCUAUAAAACAAUAUUUAAUAACUAACCAAAGCAGCACAAACGAAAACUUAAACGGCACAAACGAAGCGGACUGUUUUUGGGGUGGGGGGUCAGCUUCACGCAGGUUCAAACACAAAAACUCCUCUCAGAUGUUUUAGGAGCAGAGGUCCUUAAAUUCAGAUUUAUAUAUUUAUAUGAUCUUUAUUUCAUACGAGGCGUCACGUCGAGGAGUUUGAUUUACUCAAAAAACAACAAAACUGGAUUUAAAAGAGAUUUAAAGACGGUUCUUACCUGCUCGCUCACAGUCCUGAAAAAAACUCUAAUUUACACUCAAACACGUCAAACAACAAGAACAGAGCAGAGCUGUGAUUCCUGCAGCCACCAGCAGAGGGGGCCGUUUCAGCUUCGGGCAGACCUGGGAGUCGAGUCUCAGCGUAAUCCUCUUUCCUUAAGCCGGGCGCCUCCACAGACCUCACACACACACACACACACACACUGAACACACACACACACACACACUGAACACACACACCUCCGCCGACACCAUGUACAAGAGCUACAACCCCCCGAGCGAGGAUGACGACGGGAACUCUCUCUACUCCUCAUUUUGGUCUGAUGAAGAGCGACGGGACGACGAGGAAGAGGAGGAGAAGGUGGAGACGCAGGUAGGAGUCAGACCUGGUAGAGAUACAGGAAAACCUCUUAAGGAGGUUUUGGAGGAGGAGAGGACUGAAUCGGACCACCAGGACUACUCAAGACCGGGCAGCUCAGGGGGUAGAAGUGAUGAAGAGGAGGAAGAGGAGGGUCAUACUCAGCAAGUGAUCAGAGAAGGAGGUGCAAAACCUCCUCAGGUGACCUCCUCAGGGGAGGAAGGGUCGGAGUCGAACAAGGAGGACGACACGAGCUCAGGAGGAGGAGGUGAUGAAGAGGAGGAGGAGGAGGGAGAGAUCAGCGAGGAAGACUCCGGAGAUAUGGAGGAGGAGUCAGACGAGGAGGAGGAGAGCGCAGGUGGGAGGAGUUCAGAGAGUGAAGGUGAGGAAGAGGAGGUGGAUACCAGUGAGGAAGACUCCACACCUGCAAACGAGGCAGAAGAUUCACUUCAGGAAACCAACCAGGAGAACCUGACCGGGCCAAGUUCAGGAGAGGAGGAGGAGGAGGAGGAGGAGGAGGGCAGGACCAGUGAGGAAGAGGAGUCCACUAAAGAGUCUUCAGAGGAGGAGAAACCUGAGCGAGAGGAGCAGGAGAAGAAGAACUGCUCAGAGAGGAGACGUGAGGAAGAGGAGGAGGAGAAAGAGGAGGACACUGUCAGGGAGGAAGAGGAGGAGAAAGAGGAGGACACUGUCAGGGAGGAAGAGAAGGAGGAGGAGGAGAAAGAGGAGGACACUGUCAGGGAGGAAGAGAAGGAGGAGGAGGAGGACGCUGUCAGGGAGGAAGAAGAGGAGGAGAAAGAGGAGGACACUGUCAGAGAGGAAGAGGAGGAGGAAGAGGAGGACACUGUCAGAGAGGAAGAGGAGGAGGAGAAAGAGGAGGACACUGUCAGAGAGGAAGAUCUCAAAGCCGACCCUGAUGAAGAGGACUCUCAACAGCAGGAAAACCCUGAUCUUCAGGACCAGGACCACUCCAGCAGGGACUGUGUUGAAGGUCAGAGUGAGGAAGAGGAUGGAGACCACCGCUCUGAUAGCCCCGCCCCCAGUAUGAUGACGUCAGGCUACGGCACCAUCAGACCCGAGGAGCAGGAGGGCGGAGACGGCAGAGACGACCACACCAUCGCCGAGUUCGAUCAGGACAGCCGCGGAGAUCUGUCCGAGGUCAGAGACGAGGAGGAGCGCUCGCUGUGGAGCUUCGGAGGGUUCGACGUGGAAACCACCGAGCCCGACUUCAGAGAGACGCCAUCAGUGGGCGUGUCAGCAGACGCUGAGCGAGGAGCUGAUGAUGAAGAGGUGGACGUCACAGACAUGAAACCAGGAGAUCAUGAGAAAAGUCUGGAUCUCUGUGGAGCAUCAGAGGAACAUCUCCACGCCGCAGACGGAGACGGGUUCAAAGAGGGCGAAGAAGAAUCAGACGAGUCUUCGAGCAACAAAGACGUCAAGUUCAUCGACUCCAAAGACAAGUUCAGCUCCAACACGUACGGCCAGAUGUUCGAGGGUUGGGAGGGAAACCUCCGUCAUCAGAGGGGUAAUUUGAGUUUUAUUGUAGCAGCGUCUGCCUCACAACCAAUCAGGUUAGAGGAGGUGGAGAACGGCUUUGUUUACAGUCAGAAAGAGCGGACCGCUCAAAAAUGUUCAAAUGUUGACGACACAGACAUAAGAGAACACAGAGAUAUCGAUAUAUUACCAAAUAAUCAAUAACUGAUAACUAUUGACUGAUAUUAAAGAUUUUUUGUUUAUAAACAAAAUAAAAAGAUGUUUCUUUUACAGAUUCCUGCAGACUCCGCCUUUAAGUCGGCGAUUUUGGAAAUAUUCCAAGAUGGAAACUUUUCAUGUGAAUUAACUGUAAAUUGUGUUUAAUUUAAACAAACUUUAUCAUCUUCAAACUUAAAUAUUUCUGUUUUUUCAUCAGCAGACAUCCAUGAAAAAUAAACAAUUAAAAAACAUGAAAGUUUAAAUUAUUUAAUAAAAUAAAAAUCUGAAGUCAUGAACAUAAAUAUAGUUGAUAAACAGCUGAUAAACGGUCUUUAAAAUAUUUAAUAAUUGAUGUUUAAUUGAUUGAUCGGUUACAGAAAACCGUCUAUCAGGAGUCUGAAGAAACAGAAUCUGAGGAAACGACCACCACAGAAUAAACUCCACCCUUAAAUGACCAAAUAACUCACAUUUAACACCGACUUUGAUUUAAAUAUUAACUCCAUUAUAGAUCAGAUAUAUUUACCCCAGAAUAUCAUCAGAACUUCCUUGACUCUCUAAAGUCGGUGGACUCUGUGACCUCCAGGGUUCGAGAAAUCAUCUGUCAAUCAUGUGACGGAGGAACGCACAGUGCAUGUAGGGGGCGUGGCCUACAAGAUAUUUUCAGCGACUAUAUUAAAGUUCCUGUCGAGAGCCGACCUUCAGUUUUGAACAGUUCAGAUUUAUUCACAUUAAUUCACAUGAAAAGUUUCGGUCAUCUCUGUGGUGUCUCCUCUUCUCCUUCUUCUUCUUCUUCUCUUUCAUUAUUUGUUUGUUCACUCCGUUUCUCACCGUCAGCCUUUGAGAAGAACUUCAAGUACAGCUUCAUGGCUGUUUCUGACACACACUCACACACACACACACACACACACACACACACACACACACACACAGCCCGUCCGUCUGUCUGUCUCGUGCAGAUGUUUGAGAUUAUCUCCUUCUCAGCAGCAGAGUCUCCUCCAAAUGAACGAGCUUCUCUCUCGUCUCUGAAAUUACGAUGCGUUCAAACUCAGAAAUCAGAGGAAUCGUCGAUUUUCAGUUUGAUCGUCGUACAGACGCCGCAGUCUAACGGUCUAACGCCAUCACUGACGGCGUUCCUCCGUGAAUUUGGUCCCUCACAGUUUUGAUGUUUUUAACUGUUGUUGGUCUUUACAGCGAGCUGUCUGGAGGAGCGUCUGGCCGAGCUUCAUGUAUCCUCGCCGGCUCAGCGUGAAACCGAGAACGACGAGGUCGGCAGUCACAGUGAGACACAGAGUUCAGGGGCCGAGGGAGACGCCCUGAGCGCCUUCGAGUCCUACAUCAGAGGCAUGGUGGGUAAUGUAGGCCUCACACACACACACACACAGAAGCUGAAGUGUGUGUCUGAGUGUGUUUCACUUUGUUGUUUCAGACUCGAUCUCGCAGUGACGGAGACAUCAGACCCAAACCCAAAUCCUGUAAGUCUGCAGCGAUCAAACGCAGACGACUCCGACCCUCAUCUAAACUCUUAAAUUAACUCGUUUUUCACUUCGUCACUUUUUCAUUUCAGUCAUCAGACCAACGAGAAACCAACAAACCAGGAAGAAGACCGACCCGGUGGCAAAGUAAGGGUUAAUUUCUCAGACAUGUCCAGAGGUCCCAACAGAGGACAGAGUCUUCUUCUUCUUCUUCUUCUGUCCUCCGAGUUGACGGGUCCUCUUGUCUCUGCAGGUAUUUCCAGUACAAACAGAUUUGGGAAAUGUUUAAACUUCCAGGAGAGACGGACCGCAGAGCUCUUCGUCAGGAGAUCAAGGUUCGAACGCUUGAGUUCAUUUCAGCGACAUGAAAACAGGAAUAUCAGGAAUAUCAGGAACAUCAGGAAGGAUCUGGUUUCUACUUCCUUCUCGUCCACUUUUACUGAUUUCCAAACUUCUUAGUUUCCAUCCAACCCUUUUUUUUUUCUUCGUCUGAGAGUCAAUCAAUCAAUCAAUCAACUAAUCAUUCAGUAUCGUGUAAUAUUCAUUUCUCCUACAUCAUUAUUAUCCAUUGACUCAUUUAUUUAUAUAUUUAGAUUUAUUUAUUUUUCUCCUCCUUUAAAGUUUAAUUAUUGAAUUACUUUACUGUUUUUUUUGUUUUUUUUCAUUUAUUCCUUUUUUUUCUAUUUCUCAUUAUUAAUAUUUAUUAUGACUUAAAUCUUUAUCAUGUUCAAUAUGAUCAUUAUUUUAGUUUCUCUUCCCCCUUUUACUCACUUCUUUGUUUUCGUUAUAGCCGACUCUUUCUUUACCAUAUCUGUAACCGCUGUUAUCGCGCACACACACACACACACACACCUGAUCGUCCAAUAGAGUCGCUCGUAUCCGUUUGUCCUGGUCAUGGUUAAAUCCCACUGUCACGUAGCGUUAUGUCUCCGUCUGUAGAUGUGGAGAAUGUGGGCCGUCCUGUUGGACGCCACAGUCAAAGUGGCGGUCGGGUCUUCAGGCGCUGAUGAAUGUUUGUGUUUUUCUUUCAGGACCAGCUGGCCUAUCAGCCUCCACCUGUGAGUAUCUGCUCUCUUAACCUGUUCCCUCUGAGGGUCCGUUUGGAUCAGAACUCAGGUCCGGUUUGGUGAUGAAGGAGACCCAGUCUGAUUUAAAUCUUCAGGUUCUUCAGAACUUCAGCCACCUUAGCUAAAGCUGGUGUAGUUUGGCCUCCACAGCAGCAGGUGGCGCCUCAUGUUCGCUUGAGUUAGAGUUUUAGAAAACCUCAGAUGUUCAUGUAGGUUCUCACUCCUCAGGGUCAUGGUUGAAGGUCAGCCGGACUGGUUUGAGGUUCUUGGAGACGUUUCAAGCUUGAGGAGAAACGUCUCCAUGAACCUCAGACGAGUCCAGCGGACCUUCACAGAAGACUUUAGUGUUUCUUCAGAUCUCUGAUUCUAACAAACCUGCCAUCCUGGAGAUAGUCUAACGCUCUCGUUUCGUUGCAGCCCAAACCUCGCAGAGUUUACGUGCCGAACACCUACAUCGUGCCAACUGAGAAGAAGCGCUCGGCGCUGUGCUGGGAGAUCAGGAACGACCUCGCCAACGGCCUCCUGCCGCAGACAUCCAGCUACCGGUUCUAGGCCUUUGAACGUCCCGGUGCCUUUUUAAUGAAAUGUUCACACUCUUGUUUUCUCGUCACUGUUUUAUUUAUUCAUGAUUUUUCUUUUACAUAAUAAACACAUGAAGAAGAAAACACGCCUGCUGACUCCGCCCUCCUCCUUCAGCUCCUCAGGGGAAAUCCGAGUACGGCAGUUUGAACGGGUACAGAGCCGAGUAUCGCUCGUCGUGCCAAAGCAGUUUGUCCUCCAGAAACUUGACGGUUUCCAGCGUGAGGACGAGAACUUCGUGUUUGAGCAUGCUGUGGACGUUCAGACCUGGACCAGAAAACAAACACAGUCAGAAGAACCUUCUGUGAAAAGUUCUGAAAGUGUCCGACAUCUUAAAUCUGAUGGACCAACACAAACCGGAUCCUCUUCUUCAGGAGGUCUUUUUUUAAUCUAAGACGUGGUUUCCACUCACCGAUGGCUGGAAUGAUGUUGACCGUCUUCAGGUCUGCUGUUGCCUGAAGGAUGUUGUCGGGAAACUCCGCCCCUCUGAAAACAACAACAGCAACAGCGAGGUCAAGCGGGGCGAGGAGAGAGAGGUCGGUAGUUCUCAGGAGCGUCUGUGAUGAUACUCACACGUCCACGAUGAGGACCGACUCUCCCCAGUGUCUCUGUCGGAUCAGGUCCAGCAGGUACUGAGGGUCAGGGGUGGGGAUGUUCAAAGAGUCCACGAUGUGAAGGUAGUCCUACAAAAGCAGGUUCAACACUUACUGAUGCAGAUUUACACGAGACCAUGACGAGUCCAGACUCUGAAGACAGUCCUGGACCUGGCUGAUCCAGUACAGGGAGGUUCAGGAGGUUUUACCCCCAAUUUCCACCGCAUCCGAUUUUCGCCGUCCGCCAGUUCCUACCGAAUCAAUUUGUGAGGCAAAUUUUGUGGCGGAUUACAGACAGCAGUAAUGUCGAGAUCUCACAAGAACCCGCAGAUUCACGUUCAAUCGUUCGAUAACGAGUCGUCUCUCUAAAGACAGACACAUAGACAUAUAAGCAGUAGAUUGUGUCCUUCCAGAGGAGGAAAUCUACUUCUAGACUUCUAGAAUCAGCAUCUCCUCAUCCAUGGUGUCAUCGGGGUGAAAUGACGUCUAAAAACCUUUCACUUGUUCGUCUCCUCCCGAGUGUUUUAUUUUGAAAAGAAGCCGGAUGUUUUAUUUUGUGUCUGUGCCCGACUUCCUUUCCAGCACGGGUUAAUCUGUGCUGAAUUUAUCCGCCAUGCUCCGGCGUCCAGAAAAAAUAGAACUCUUGUGAUCAGCUGAGGAGUCCGGCGAUCCGCAGAGGAACGGAAAGAAGUCGGUGUAAAUUGACACGUUAACUUGAAUGGUUACGAUCAGCUACGAUCGGAGGAUACGACCUUUUAGGAGACGAUCAGGAUGAAGGUGGAGGUCGGGGGUAACUGGUCCUUGACUGGAUCUGAGUCGAUCUGGAUUUUCCUGUUUCUGGUGUCUCUUACCUGAGCCAUCUUGGAGCUCAGAGCCACUUUGAGUCCCUGCACUCGGACCUUCAGGGGUAACAUGUAGUAGUAACUGGUUGGUCCUCUGGGUCCAUGAGAGACUCCACCUGAAAAAGAUGGAGACAGUCAGGCUGGUUUACAUCCACAGAGUGAAGCAUUCUGGGAGAAAACCUGUCUGAGUGACAGGUCCGGUUUCUGUUGCUUCGAGGUAAAAGUUUGAACCAGAACCAGAACCUGAAGGAGCUUCAUCAGAGUCAUGGUGGACCACUGUGAGCACAGAGUUUCAGAGGACCUCCUCACCUCCUCUCCAGAUUGGCGAGCGGAUACUCCCGUGGCGUGCUCGGCCGCUGCCUUUUUGUUGCCAUGGUUUUUUGCCUCCACCUCUGACCUCCGACCUCACUUUUGUGUGGGCGUGGCUCUGAUGGAUGAAAACAGCUGUUAGGUCUGAAAUCACAAACUCAUCCCCGUUUCGCUCCAGAGGACUCGUGACGAGCUCGACAGUGAGUCUACAAAAACGACGUGAUUCAGAAUUCAGACGGCGGCGGCGUUUUACUCUCCAGUGAGUGAUGUCUAAUGACACACAUGAGAUUAGAUGAUCGAAACAACAACGUACGAUUCUUUUGAAGUUUCUCUGCCAGAUUUCAACUUGAUGGAGGAUGUCGAGUCUGAGAGAGAGGAGAGAAAACAAACAGCUGAUCCAUCAGGAUUCAUGCUCAGUAUUUAUGACUUCACUCACUCAUUUCAGUUCAAGACAUCGAAUUAGAGUUAAAAAUGAAAGUUUUAGACCAACUGUCGACAUGACAGCAGAGUCUGCGUAACACCAACAUACAGAACAACAUCACAAGAGUCCAAAUAAAAACCUCUUUGACUCUCAAAAUCAUUUUAACUCGUUUAAUUCUAGAUACAAAUUUCAAAGGAUAAAAAGAUUUAAGAGAAGAGUUUGUCCC